CAUCCUAGCAUAAUGCCUAAAGCCGUUUCUGACCGAUUGACAAGGGUUCAUGCCCAACCCGUCUCUGCAAAUCAGAGAAUCGGAUCUUCACAUGCAGCAAAUGGCAAAAAUGGAGAUUCUUCUGCGGCCAAGAAUCCCAUUUUCAAUACAGAAAGAUUCGGUCAACAUAUCCUCAAAAACCCACUUGUUGCUCAGAGUAUCGUUGAUAAGGCAAACUUGAAGGCAACUGAUAUUGUACUCGAAGUUGGUCCGGGAACAGGUAAUCUGACAAUGAGAAUUUUGGAGCAAUGCAAACGAUUACAAGUGAUCGAAAUGGAUCCAAGAAUGGCAGCAGAAUUACGCAAACGUGUACAAGGAAAGAAUGAACAGAGAAAGCUGGAGAUUACGAUUGGAGAUUUUUGUAAAGCAAAGCUGGACUAUUUUGAUGUGGUCAUCUCUAAUACGCCUUAUCAAAUUUCUUCACCACUCGUUUUCAAAUUACUCUCGCAUCGACCACAAUUUCGAUGUGCAAUUUUGAUGUUUCAAAGAGAGUUCGCUUUGCGGUUAUUGGCAAGGCCAGGAUCAGAAUUGUGGUGCAGAUUGAGCGCAAACGUACAACUUUACGCCAAAGUCGAUCUGCAAAUGCAUGUCAGUAAAGGUUCUUUCCGUCCUCCUCCCAAAGUGGAUUCUAGUGUUGUAAGGAUUGUACCUAUUCAACCUCCUCCUUCCAUCCCUUUCGAGGAAUAUGAUGGUCUCACCCGCAUCCUUUUCAGUCGUCGUCACAAAACGGUGAGAAGCUCGUUUGAUGCAAAAGGGGUCAAAUUGAUGUUGGAGGCAAACCAUAAAACAUUCUGCAGUCAACAUGAAUUGCCGGUAAAGGUGAAAAACACUGCAGCCUUUAACGAAUUGCUAGAUUCAAUCUUACUCUCAAGUACAUAUUCCGAUAAACGUGCAGCACAAAUGGAUGUGGAUGACAUCCUACAGCUCUUGCACGCAUUCCACAAGGAGAACAUCCAUUUUGGUUAAAACUAGUAUACCUGUCCGAUUAUAAUCAAUUCACUGUAUUUUUAC